AUGAUCAAGAACCAUGUCGCUUCCGUUGUAAUAAUAAAACAUAUUCCAAAUUUGGAUCCCAUAAUUCCAAUUCAAACUCAAGUACAAAUUGUAAGUUUACCUGGUCCUUCCCCAAGUGAAUCUAGAUCAUUUGCUGUAAAUCCAUAUGAUACAAUUCAUUCCUAUAUCCAUUUAGCCGUUGCUCCUUAUUUCGAUACCUAUGUUAAUAAUGCAAAAAAUAUUAGUACUAUUGGCAAGAAAUAUGAUGGUUCUAAAAUGGGAACUCCGAUGAGUAAAAAGAAGACCACUGAAUUGAAAUUGUGUUUGCUUCAUCUGCAAGAAAAGGCUGCUAUACCUAAAACUUUGUUAAAUAUUCAUCCAAAAAAUUAUCGAAAAGGUAAAUUUUCAAUUUGA